AUGAAUGGACCGUUAAUAAUUGAUCCUCUAGAAACAAACUGCUUUUGUUGGCUAAACUUUCAGUGUUUCAGUGUGAAGCAUAAGCAGAGUGUUUUCUACAUUAUUUUUCUACCAACUAACAAUAUGAACGAUGGGAAGAUGGUGAAAAUGUCCACGCCAGGCGCGGACCGCGUGAGGGUCGCGGUGCGGGUGCGGCCGUUCAGUCAGAGAGAGAAGGAUGCUGGGAGCACGUGUGUGGUCUCCAUGCCUUCCAGGACCACCACCACCAUUCAAGACCCUAAGAACCCGGAACGUACGAAGACAUUUACUUUUGACCUGGCAUACUGGUCUCACAAUGGAUUCCAAGUGGAAAAAGAUGGUGUGUUUACUUCAGCUGAUGCUAGCAGUAAAUUUGCAGGCCAGAGGGAGGUUUUCCGCGAUCUGGGCAGAGGAAUCCUGGACAGCGCCUGGCAAGGCUACAACGCCACCCUCCUGGCCUACGGCCAGACUGGCUCUGGGAAGAGCUACUCCAUGAUCGGGUUUGGUGCAAACAGGGGCAUCGUCCCCAGCGUGUGUGAGGAGCUCUUCCAAGCGAUUGAGAACCAGCAGGGAGACCAAGAAUACCAGGUGACAUUCAGCAUGCUGGAAAUUUACAACGAACAGGUAAGGGAUUUGCUGUCUAGGACCAAGAAGCCCAGAGGACUGAAAGUAAGGGAGGAUGCAGAGCUGGGCUUCUACGUGGAUGGUCUGACGUCUGUGCCUUGUGAGAACUAUGCACAGGUUGAAAGGCUGAUGGAACAAGGAAUGAAAAUGAGGACCACAGCUUCGACCAAUGUGAACGCCAGCAGCAGCAGGUCCCACAUGGUCAUCACCCUUCAGUUCAAGCAGGUUUUCCCAGACAGCGGCCUCACCAAGCAAUCCAGUAUUAAUUUGGUGGAUUUAGCGGGAAGUGAAAGGCAGAAAUCUUCAGGCUCUGAAGGAGACAGACUGAGGGAAGGAUCACGAGUUAACUUAAGUUUAACUAAUUUAGGAAACGUUAUCAGCGCUCUGGCCGACGCAGCCGUGGGGAGGAGAGUCUUGCACGUCCCCUACAGAGACUCGGUCCUCACCAAGCUGCUCCAGGCGGCGCUGGGCGGAAACAGCCGGACCACUCUGAUUGCAGCCAUCAGUCCAGCUGACAUCUGCUAUGAGGAGACUUUAUCAACAUUAAGAUAUGCUGAAAGGGCUAAAAAGGUCCGGAACAAAGCUGUGGUCAACACCGCGACCCUGCCGAGAGAGUCGAGGGCGGAGCACAGCAAACUGCUGCUCGGAGGCGGCAACUGUGGCAUGGCAGGUACACUGAGUCCACGCCAGCAGCCGGAGCGCCCCAGGGGCCUUGUCCAGAACAUUCUGGCCCUGACUUUGAAAAACAAAAACCAUUUCGAGAUAGAUGUAGAUUCACAUGCAGUUCUCAAGAAGCUUUCGCAGCAACGCCCCCCGCCCCCCAGGAACGCCGCCCCCGCGGUGGCGCAGCGGAGCCACUUCGUGCAGGCAGCCGUCCGCCCCGAGGGCCCAGCUGCUGCCGCUGGGCAAUUAGCAGGAAGCACCGCCGUGGGUUACGGCCCCGGCUUCCAUUUUGAAGGAGUUCACGGUCCCCAAGCGCGGACACAAACCCCGCGAAACACGCAGGCUAACGCGUUCUGCCCGCGGCCCGUGGAGAGGUUCCCCGCAACCAGGGUAUUAAGUGAAACACGUCCACACGCCGGCAGACGUAAGACACUGAACGCAGAGCUUCCCGCCUCCGCCCGCGAGGACCUCCUUCCUCUAGUGCUCUCCGAAUUAAAAGGCGACAGCGCUUCGCAGGACUUACCGAGCGAAGUCUUCCUCACACGCCUGCGCAGCUCGGCCCCCGACUCCCGCCGGGCAUCUCGCGUUCCCGCCGAGACGCAGCCCGCGCGUCCGCCGGCGGAAUCCGGGCGCGGGCCUCCGCCUCAGCAGCCCACCUGGGCGCACCGGCUGGCGCAGGCGCGGGAGGAAUGGCGGCAGCACCACGUGGCCAUCGCCCAGGAGCGGCAGAUGCUGAAGACACUCCCUCAUCUCCUCAACGUCAACGAGGACCCGCAGCUCACGGGGGUUCUCAAGUACUUCAUUCAGGCUGGUUCAUGUGAUGCCGGUCGAGCUGCUUCAAAUGCCAUCACUCUUCAAGGUCUGGGAAUUUCAGAUAAGCACGCUUCCUUCACAAAUUUGGAUGGUAAAGUGACAGUCACUCCGCACAGCAAAUGCAAGGUUGUCGUUAACGGGGUGCCCAUCACGACCAAGACGAAGCUGCAGCAUUUGGACCGCGUCAUUUUGGGAUCCAACAGCGCCUACCUCUAUGUCGGGUUUCCUUCAGAGCGAGGCGGUGAGGACUUGAGCCGCUUCGAUUAUGACUUUUUCCAGCUGGAGAGAGCAGCCGCAGAGGGAGUGAGCGUGGACAAGCUCGGGGCCAGGGACGGUGGAGACAGGCAAGCAGGCCCCAGUGUCCUGGCUGUGUUCCAGGACUAUGUCAAGCUGAUGCCACUGGUCGCGGAAGCAAAUCAAAUGAGUGAAGAGCUGAGGAAGGGACUUAAAAUGGAAUUGAAAGUGAAGAACUUGGCGUCAUCAGAUUCCAGGGGCUAUGACCUUCAGAAAGAGGUCAUGGUGAAGGUGACCAACCAGAGGACUCACGCGGUGUGGAUUUGGUCCAAAGCCAAGUUCAUCAACAGGAAAUUCCUAAUGGAGGAACUUUACCAGCGCUUCCUAGAUGGAGAAGACAGCCACGUGGCACAGGAGGACGACCCUUUCUGGGACCCUGUUGAGGCCGUCCACCUGGGCUCGGCCCACGUGUGGCUCCAGCCGCUGGCCUAUGGCCUGGGGCUCGAGGAGCAGGUGGAGUUUCUGGACGACGAUGGGCUGGAGGCGGCGGCGCUGCACGUCCACGUGGCCCCCUGCUCCCCAGCAGGACAAGCAUGCGGUGAGGAGGACGUGGUUAUUGACCCUCGGGAGCUGCUGGGCAAGAGGUUGGAUUUCCAGAUCCGCAUCGUGCGGUGCCUUGGUGCCAAGUGGCUGAAGGAAGCUGCAGAGCGGGGCAUUCAGAUGGGGUACAGAAUUUAUGAUCUUCCACACACUUUAUACACCAAGCCUGUAUGGAAAAUUGUGAAUCCCCAAAUCGAAGAGUCUGUCCACUUUGCAGCCCUAAACACAUCUCAGGAGUUCCUGAGUUAUUUACAGACAAACGCUCUCAUUGUUGACCUAUGGGGUCUUCAAGAGGGCUGUGCCGAACUGAGCUGCUCUCGGCAGGACCUCUUGGUCACAGGUGAAGGCCACGUCAUGGUGGACACCAAGAACAUUUCUACUCUGACGACUCUGAGCCAGACUCCAUCCAACCAGAUAUCGGAACUUUACCUGAAGCUGCUCAAGUUAGAACAGGAGACGGACCUGCUCAGAAAGGUCAACAGAGCCCUGAGAGAGGAAAACGUGGUUCUCCGGGAAUCCCUUGAGAAAACUGGGUCCAGUCAACACGGUGAGAGGCUGCCUGAGACGUGGUGGUUGGGCUUCUCACAGAAGCCUUCUGAUGCCCUGAAGCCUGCUGGGAUGGCAGCGCAACUGCCAGCAGCCCCAGAGGUGACUCGAAUGUGCGCGCGGCGGGCCGGCUGUGACAGAGAACUCGCCAAAGCCCUCAAGGUGUUCUACCAAAGCAUGAGCACGGCGCGAGGGCAGCUCCUCCAGCUGAGACGCUGUAAGCCUCCUGAAGAUGAUCAAAUGCUUCGACCAUUUGUACACCAACAGUCACUGAUGUUAAAGGACUUUGGGGAUCUACUUGAAUCCAGCUUGUGGAAACUGAAAAAUGAUGUAGCUCUUAUAGUGAAAAAGAAGAGAGAAUGUUUAUUGCAGAGCGAAUAA